AUGCCGGCGUUGACCACUGUGCUAGCAGUGGCCGCUGUGUGCGCGGCACUCUUCAUUGUCUCUGUGGUGGUUGGCACGCUUGUCUGGGUGAAGGCUCGUCGGGAACGCCGUGCGCUGGCUGCAGCUGGUGUGGCACGAGGCCGGUACGCUCGCUCUCUGCAAGCAUUCGAAGCCGACACUGCAACUUCGCUUUCUCGAGAGGAGGGAUCAGCCUUGAGGUUAUAUGGUCAACUGCCGUACGGAAGGCCAAACGAAUGGGGCCUCUUGGCCAGUCGGGAAAGCCUAUUACACUCCCCAAUAGACUCCGAGACUUCUUCUCAAUUUACCGAGAAAGCUCGUUCGCUGCGCCGCUCGCUUUCGCUUUCACGUUCACGGUCCACCCGACAGCUUAAGGGUCUGAUCAGACCGCGUCCUACAGGUCCUCUGGCACCAUUAGCAGAAGCUGCUGAGAAAUCUUCCGAUAAAAUCGCCGGGCCAAAAGACCAUGUAUCACUUUCGGCGAUCGAAGGAGUCCUAGAACUACCAACAGAAACAACCCCGAGACAAACACCAGAAAAGGAAGAUGAUAGGAUCAACAUGCAACCAUGCAUACGGCCUAUGUCAGCGGCAGUGCCUUCGAUUCACAUAAGAGAAAGGUCAGGCAAUCUUUUCCCAUUACUGGAGAUGGAGGACUACCGCGGGGGAUUUGAACAAUCCCAGAGUCGAGUCCGUGGAGGAAGCAUUACGAAUCAGACGGCUGGAGCUAUGCCACAACAGCCAGUGCCUCCACCUCCAAGUGCCUAUCCGCCAAAUCGCUUCCGUCUCUCGAAGAACGACUCGAUGCGGCAUUCCUCGUUAAGCCUUGAAACAGCGGACAGUUCCAUUCUGGACGAGAACCUAAGAACUUCGACAGGAAUGGACAGUAAUUUCACUUCACCCGCACUGCCUCCGUGCCCGACGUUUGCGCCCUUUAGUGCGAAUGACGUUGGUCGAACGGAAUUUGAACGGAGAGGCUUUGCUGCGCUCAAUCCAGCAUUGCCCAUCCCCUUCACGUUCCCAGGUAGUACUGCAACCCGCGAAGAUCCCAGACUCGAGCCUAGCCGUUCCUCUCCUCGCCGGAGUAUGACUGCGCGUCACCCAAGCCACACCGAAAGGGCUAGCCCACCUCCGCGACGGAGCGGAUCUGUCUGCAGCAGUCAAUCAAGGCGAGAGAUUGCUUCGAUGCCAUACCUAGACCCUAGUAUGACCCCACAGUUGAAUGCCACUAGCGAAAAUCCUUCGAUGCUGCUUUCACUGAAUCAGAUGCAUCGACACUCGAUGUACGCCAGUAGGGACAGAGAUGUGGAUCCUUUUUUUGGUGGGCUAGCCAUCUCGAGCACCUCGAUCAAUAUCUCACAUACCCCUGGGAGGAGAGCUAGCAGCCUUUAUGUGCCAGAAGCCUCUGCACCAGGCGCAAGCAGUGCUUCUAAACCACCUUUGGCCUCGGCAUUGAAGAAUGGCAACGGACCCCGGAAAGGGCACAAGCGCCAGAACUGUGUGCGAAUCUCUAUCCACCCUCCCAUCACUUUUGGAGGGCCGGCAUUCUCUCCAACGGUUGAGGAGCCUGAGGAAGUCGAAGAUCUGGAUAACCACAGAAAUGAAGCCUCGAACUUGGCAGGCUUCAAUUUCUCUACGAUUAGGCCGACAAUCUCAUCCUCUUCUGGCAGCAAGCAUAGUUCGUACGACUCCCAAAAGGCACGGCUACGAGCCACGGAUGUCUCUUCCACGCCUUAUGGAAGUCCAACAAAGAAAAGAAAGCAUAACCGAACCGAUUCAAAUGACUGUUUCCUCAGCCCCGCAGGAAGUGACAAGACCUUGCCAGAAAUCGUGACAUCGCUGCCCAACACCAGUGACGGCACUCUGUCCCAGACCCCGUCCCCCGAGAAGACCAUUCCCCUAUGGAUGCUCCCUGCUCAUGCUGACUCGCCAACAACUCGCGAGAAUGUAUCACCACCCCAAAACAGCAGGCGCCGUUCGGCCGUGAAGGGCCCACGUACCCAGCCUGGUGGUGCUGCCUCCAACAAUACUCGCGCGGCAGCGCCGCUCGAUGACAGUGAAGCUGCUUCGACCCAGUCCGGCUCGCCAGAGGGUCGUUUUCGCCCGUCGUCCAGACCGCAUAGCGGUAGCAGGGAAGCAUUCAAAUCUGACAAUCCUUCCCAGAAUGAGGACUUCAACAGUGCAUCUCAAGAAAGCCGGACCUCAUCCGAAGCUGACAGCCGGCGCAAUAGCGCCUCACAAAAGCCUCCAGACGACCUUGCAUGUGGUGUCCACAAGACGAUGAGUACGCGCAGUGGUAACAUGGUCACCAUUUGGGAGGACACUGAACACAAAACGAAGAGAGCGCAAGCCAAGUAUCCCGCAUCAUCCCCGCGGAAGUCCAGACAGAAGGGAAGCCAGAAAGCCAAGUCGGAUGACAGGGACUCGCACAAAUCAAGCCAACGAACGUCCAGGCAAGGCAUCACGACACCCACAGGGAAGACAAUAGGGUUGGGGAUUGGAGCUGCAACUCCUGGUAGUCUGUACGAUGGAGACGGGUUUUUGAAGGAAUAG